CGGACAGCGGCCGACCGCCUCGCGUACGGAGUCCCGGCUGUUUAAGCCGAACGUCACUAACUUUACGCAUAACAUCGUCAAUAUAUUUUUAUUUCGUUUCAUAAAAUUCGUCUCUAUUUAAUUUUAAUUAAGGGUAUUGUUUAUUUUUGUUUAUGUUUCGAGUACUUCAGUUUAAUUUGAAGUAGUUAUUUUGUGUCUCUAAAAUUUGUGAAAGCAUUGAGUGCAUGCGAGUGGCAAAUCCUGUUGCACCUUCACUGGUGGUAGAACAUGGUGCCCAUAGAAAUUGUGAAACGUUUUUUGUGGGUGAUAAAAAUGCUGGAAACAUGAAAACCUGUCAAGAAAUGCUAAAAUAAGUACAAGUACUAACACACUUCAUAGAAGUGUCAUUAUUGUGAUACAGUUAAAGUACUAAUAUAAAAUGAAUUUUAAAAUUAUAUCCAUACUUUUAACGUGGAAUUUUCUCCUUAUAACCGCCAAAAGAGACUCUUUGGAAGACGAUGAUCCUCGAGCCAGGGCAUUACGAAACAAGGAAAAUAACCGGAAUCGGACAACUUUCAAUGGAACUCUGACAGAUGUACCCGAGAGGAGAUAUUUGAGGCACCGGAACAGUUCCAGAAACCGUGGUGAUCGUCGCCGAUUUUGGGAAAGGGAACACGAAGUAAGGCGAGAUAGGAGGAGAGGUUCUGAAGCCCAUUCCUCAGAGGAAUACUUGUCCAACCGAACUGAUCCAUAUAAAAGAGAUAUCAAACCUCGCAAAACCGAUAAGCAUUGGAACAAAAGUAAUACUGACAAAGUUACUGAAAGAAGGAAAAUCGGGAAUCAAAAUAAGACACCCGAUAGGCCGUCAACAGUCCGAGAAAAUACAACUAGGUUUAAACCCAAGACAACAAAUAAAUGGCAAUCUGGCGGAUAUAUUCCAUAUCCACAACCAAGGGAGAAGAAACCUAAUAUAAUUUUGAUAUUAACAGAUGAUCAGGAUGUUGAGCUGGGAAGUUUGAACUUCAUGCCGCGUACAAUGAAAGCUAUCCGAAGUGCUGGGGCGGAGUUUCGUCAUGCCUAUACAACCACACCAAUGUGCUGUCCAUCAAGGAGCUCUCUACUCACCGGUGUCUACGUCCACAAUCACAACGUGUAUACCAACAAUGACAACUGUUCGUCACCGAUGUGGCAGGCAAAGCACGAGUCCAACACUUUCGCUACCUACUUGUCCAAUGCUGGAUAUCGCACUGGCUAUUUCGGUAAAUACUUGAACAAAUACAACGGUUCAUACAUCCCCCCCGGAUGGCGCGAGUGGGGCGGACUCAUCAUGAACUCCAAAUACUACAACUACAGUGUUAACAUGAAUGGGAAGAGGAUUAAACACGGCGAUGAUUACCACAGGGAUUAUUAUCCGGAUUUGAUAGCCAACGACUCUAUAGCAUUUCUUCGAGCUUCUAAGCGAAGGUUCUCGAGGAAGCCAGUUCUUCUGGUGAUGUCAUUUCCCGCACCACACGGACCUGAGGAUUCUGCUCCCCAGUACUCUCAUCUCUUCUUUAACGUUACCACUCAUCACACUCCAACUUAUGAUAUGGCGCCAAAUCCCGAUAAGCAGUGGAUCCUGCGCGUAACUGAGAAGAUGAAACCAAUCCACCGCCAGUUCACUGACUUGCUGAUGACAAAAAGAUUGCAGACCUUGCAAAGUGUAGACAUGGCUGUCGAACGUGUGUACCAGGCGCUCAAAGCGCUGGGGGAGUUAGAUAACACUUACCUAGUCUACACGUCGGAUCACGGAUACCAUCUGGGUCAAUUCGGACUGGUUAAAGGCAAAAGCUUUCCCUUCGAGUUUGAUAUACGAGUUCCGUUUCUUGUUCGCGGUCCUGGAGUUGAACCGGGGACUGUAGUUGAUGACAUAGUACUCAACAUCGACUUAGCACCAACAUUUUUGGAUAUGGGUGGAGUAGCGUCUCCUGCGCACAUGGACGGACGAUCUUUACUGCCAUUGUUGCAACCGCGAAGACGAAGGGCGGCGGGUUCGCAUUGGCCUGACACAUUUCUUGUCGAAAGUUCCGGUCGACGAGAAACUCAAGCACACUUGAUGGAAGAGCGGUUACGGGCUCAGAAAUACAGUCGACAGAUGAACGAAAAGAAAGCAACAGUUGCACCACCUCUAGAGACAUCGUCAUCAGAAAGUGGGGACUUCGAUGAUGAAUCCGAAGAUGACUUUCUAGAGCUUGAAGAUGACGAUGUCGAUGAAGACGAGAAUGAAAGCACCGAAGCUCAUGAAGAACCCAACAAGACAAUAGAGCCUCUCAUAUCAAAUGAUAGCCACAAUCCUAUACUAGAAGCAAGUCUGGAAAAGGCUUUAAACGCAGAAGAGACGGGAACCAACAAUCAACUGAACCCUUAUCUAACCGCUUCAGACCUUGAAAGCAGUAACGGAAAAGCAGCACGUUUAGCGGUCGAAUGUUCUAAAGCUGAGUUGCGUGCUCCAUGCUCCGUUGGACGGAAAUGGAAAUGCGUUUUGGUAAAUGGGCGAUGGCGAAAACACAAGUGUAAAUAUGAGCCAAGUAUUGGUGUAACUCAACCUAAAAUGAGCACAAAAAAAUGUGCUUGCUUUACUCCAAGUGGGCUUGUCUACACGAGACUAGAAACCGAUGGCACAAUCGCUAGACGACCUGCCGAUUUAGUUAAGGAAAAUAUUACUAGGAGUCGCAGGUCUAUUAAUAAUGAUGUUUUUGAACCCAACACUGUUGACGGUAUUUUGGAAGAGAAUCCUAGUAUAGGACAUUUGAGUUUUAAAAACGAACCAGUAAAUGAAUUAGAAAAAAGAGUUAUCGAAAACAACAUAGAUAAACUUAUCAAAGAAACUGAAGCAUUUCUUGAAGCCUAUCAACGUACCAAAGAUAAUAUAGAUCAUAAGAGAACUAAACGGCGCGCACAGCACUGGAACCACAACAAACAUAAACAAAAAACUGAACCAUUGUUGAAUAACAAUGAAUCAUCAUUGGAAUGUAAGAUUGAAGAAAACGGAACGGUUAAUUGUUCACAAGUAAUUUAUAACGAUUUAAAAGCAUGGCAUACAAAUAGACUGAGUUUAGAAGACCAAAUAAGACAACUUAGAACAAAACUGGAAGACUUAAAAGAAAUUAAAAGGCAUUUAAAAAUUAGUAAACCAGCAGUUGAAGUACAAACUAUAAAUCCUUCGUAUACAAUCAAGAAUUUAGAUAACAAGACCUUUGUUCACAAUAACCACACAAAAGACAACUUCAGGAAAAAUCGAAUACACAGAAUAAAAUCAAAAAAUAGAAACGUUACUUCUUUUGAUAAAAAAUUUAGGCAAUCGAAUGAAUACAUCAUACCUACUGUGAAUGCUAACACCAAAGAUGACAUUUUCAAUAUACAGUUGAAAAGCGAUACAACCACUGAAACAAUUGUACAUUUUGUUAACAUUUCUGAUCAAACAGAAACUGCAACAAAUCAUUCUUUGGUUCUGGACGAACUACCAAAGUUAUCUAUUACUACUAAUUUGGUUACUACUGAAGCAAAUUUCAUCGAUCAAAAUACAAUAGACUACAAAGAUACCCAUACUAGUGGAACAGAUGCUAAUUUAGACAUAGCUACGACUGAAUUUACAAAACCACCCGAAGUUACAAGCCCAAAGCAAACAAAACCAAACGAAAACCCUACCACUAAUUGGAAACCAACAACGUCCGAUAUUUUAUCCACUUUACAUUUCUAUACUUCAGCAGCAGAUGAUUUUAUAUCAAGCCAUAAACUAAAUCCUACACAGAAACCACACCACCAAGCUAACAGACCUAAACAGCAAGGAAAACAUAAAACUAAUACGGCUACAUUAGGUCCAACGAGAUUUGACGCUUCGGAGUAUGAACAAAUAAAUCCAAACAAAGGAGACACAAAUAAUAAUGGUAUAUUCAGUAAGCCAUUCGAUAUAUUUCAAAGACGACUUCAUCCCUUGUUUAUUGAAAACGAAGAUAAACACGUGUGUUAUUGUGAGGAAAAUCGGAAAAUAAAACCUGUUGUCAACACUUAUUUGGAAGCAGCACAAAGGUUGAGAGACGAGCGAAGAAAACUGAAAGAACAAAGAUUAAAAAAGAAAUUGAGAAAAGCAAAAAAGAAGGCUGAAUUGGAGAGGCUGUGUGAAUCAGAACGCAUGAAUUGUUUCCGACAUGAUAACGAGCAUUGGCGAACUGCACCACUAUGGACAGCCGGUCCCUUCUGCUUUUGUAUGAGCUCCUCCAACAACACAUACAACUGCGUGAGAACUAUCAACGCUACUCACAAUCUACUCUACUGUGAAUUUGUAACUGGACUGAUUACAUACUACAAUUUACGGAUUGAUCCGUUCGAGACACAAAACAGGGUGAAACAUCUAACAGCAUCAGAAAAAGAGUACUUCCAUAAUCAGUUGCAUCAGCUGCUGAAUUGUCGCGGACCAUCUUGCAGGAGAUUCUCGCAUUCUAAUUCAGGGGCAGGAAGUAAUGAAGACAUAAGUAGACGAUAUGAAGAUGACCAUAUGAUGUACAGAGGCGAACCAGUUGGGUAUAGUGAAAGAGCCUGGCGAUUGAGUGGAUAUGGUCGUCGAUAUGCAAGAGCGAGAGAGUUGCAUCGACGCCGACAUACGAUGGCGUUCUAGUCGAUUUAAAUUAAAUAUUUUAGAAUUAAAACUAUUUUGAGCGGUACUCAUAAUAAUUAUGACUAUAAUUGAUAUCUUUAGGUAUUUAACUGAAGAAAACACUUGUAUAAUAUAUAUGUUUAUAUACCUAUCUCAAAACAUAUGUGUAAUCAUAUCUUACGUAUUUAUUAAUAAUGCAGAUUUUAAGAUGUCAGGAAUGUUUAUUUUUUGUUAAUUACCUAUACGAGCACCGUAUAGAUCCGGUUGUUCUAUCGCGCUGUUUUGGUCAGUCUAGCUUCGGAUCUGAGUACCCGUCCAGUCCACUUCGGAUUGAGUAGACCAUACCUAAGGACCAAGGUCUGGUUCGAGACUAUACUUUAUACGUGCAUGCAUAUAACAGUGCGUGAGUAAAGCGGGAUCUAGGUCAUAAUAAUUAUGAUUAAAACUGUUUAAAGAAUUAAACAAAUAAUUACAGCCCAAAGGUCGAGAUGAGAAGGUAAAUGGUGAUCAGCAUAUAUCUCAAAGAACUGAAGUAAACUUACAUAGAAAAAUUAUUCAACUGAUGAUAACAUUAUAAGUUGUUGUUAUUAUGAGAUACAAGGCCAGAGCUAACAAAAAAAGUUUUAGGCACUAUGAAUGAUUGUUCUUCAUUAAAUAUUAUUAUAAAUUAAUUAUUUAGGGAUAGUAAGAAUAUUUUAAUGAUUGGUUCGCAAUUUACCUAGUCGAUGUUUCAUGAUAAAAAAUGUUAUUAUUUAUUUACUUUCUUUCGAUUUCUGAAACUUUUUUGGGUGUCUCAAAUCACAGUGAUUUGAAUCAUCCUCAAAUGAACUCGAUUUUAAUAAAUUACAUCGAAUCUUGUAGGGCUUCCUAUAUAAUCGAAAAUUGUCAGUACACGUUUAAAUAGACGUACUAUGAUAUAUAAAUUUAUAAUAAUUAUAUUAAGUAAUAUAGCUAUAUACCUAAAGAAACUCCGCGAGUCUGUUAUUCGACUAUGAUAGCAUAAUACUCUACUUAUUAUAUUUUUAUGUAUCGCGUCAAGAUUUUGAUACACUUCGCGUUUUCGUAGUCGGUUUAAAUAUAUUCAUAUAUUAAAUCUGUCAUAGAUAGUAGGCACUUAUAUCUAAAGAGAAGUCUUCCUACAUUUAGAUAUGUUUUUACAAUAUAUAAUUGUGUAAAGUUAGUAGACAUGAUUACAAAUUAAUGCGUCGCUACCGUAAAGUAUUACAUGUAAUAUAGUUAUUAUCUACUGAUUUAAAUACUCCAUAGUGUUGAAAUCCGAAAACUUGGGUGAUUUAAGUUGUCUUAUGAAGGAGACUGUCCAAAAAUAUUUGAAUGUUCAUUAUCUUUUUGUGGCCAGUAAUAAAAAGAAUUUUUAAUAUAAAUGAUUGCAGAUACCUACUAUUUCUCUGAAAUGUGACAUUUUAUUAAAGAACGGAAUUGUGUAAUCUUGUGACUUGAUGAUUUUUUUUUAAAUCCAUUACGAACCACGUAAUGGGAAAACUUAACUUUUAAAUGAUCAAUUGGUGAUGUCAGUCAGUCCGUAAGUAUAUGCAGGCCCCUUGUCUGUAAUAGCUUGCGGUUGUCUGUACCUUGUCUGUUGUUGAAACUUAUGAUUACUGAAUAAUAUCAAUAGCAUUUAACUGCUGUAGCAAAAUCUAGUAUAACUCAGUGAAAAGUUAAAUUUUGAAGUUAAAUGCGCAAUGAGUUUUCCAUAAUAAUUCCAAUGUUGGAUUAGGUAUUUCCAGAAAUUAAGGGUUCGAGUUAUAACGUAAGGUUUGUAGGCCAAAUGGGCUAUCAUAUUUGCAUAAUAUUAUAUUCCAAAGUUAAGGUCAUUUUCCUUUAAGCCUCAAGAUUUCUCAUUUUAAAACUACACCUUUACUCUUAAUUAAGACAGAAUUAAAAGAAAUAAUUAUCAAAUAAAUAAAAAGUUUCGGGAGUCUGACUCAUGAGUACCUACUUAACCGGUUUUCCUUAUAUAUAUUCUUUUGUUGUUUUAAGAUAGAUUUACUAAAUUAUGGUUUAAUGGACAAUCUCCAAAAUGUAUAAAAUUUUGGAAAAAACGUUAUUUUUUGGGAUGAAUUUAAUUGUUUCAAAGUGGUAAAAUUUAAAGGUUCUUGCUCAAAAUAUAUAUUAUAUUAUAUCAAAGUUGUCCUUUCUCCAUUGACUACUUUUGUUUAGUAACUAUUUACGGAUCGCGCGUACCUACCUAUUACGCAAUCGACCACAACCAAUGGCAGUCCGUCUUGCUAACAUUUUCUUUAACUCGGUGGACAUGAAAUUCCUAAUUUGUGUAGGUACUUUGGUGUACCUUGAUCGAUUUCCAAGCCCAUUCUGAAGAUACUGGUACUGAAAAUGCAGCUAAAGCAGCUACAGAAGAGCAUUGUCAUCAGGCCUUUUUGAAUUGCGACCAAGGUCGAACAUUAUAAGUCGUGGCCGCAUUGUGCGCCAGUUCCCUUAUACCUAUAAUUAAAUGAACAAACCAUAGGUUUUGUAAAGAUAGAUAUAGAUGAAAACAAGUUUGAAGUAUGUUUAUCUAUUAGAGGUUGAAAAGUGAUAUUAAGUUGUUGCCAUGUGAUGAAUAAGGGUUUUAUCCUUAGACUAUACUGUAUAGUUGAAAAUCGAGCUUUGCGUUUAUGGACGUAAAUAACAAUUUCGGCAGGCAACUGACUUCGAGUUCGAGGGCAUUAUUAUUUUAAAACAAGGUGGUAGUACCUAUUUAUAAUUUCAGAAAUAAUAUUUUAUCUGGGUUUCGUUUCGAUAUUUAUGGUAUUCGAUUCUCAUGGCAUGACCUAUAUAUCAAUUGAAAUUGAACUAGAGGCACAAACGCAAAGCUCGUAGGGAUGCCUUGCCUAAAGUAAAUCGUAUUUACAUCGGUUGUAAUAUCCUUAAGGUGGAUUAAUAAAAUUAUGUUGAAAGUAAAAAUAGGAUGUUGCAACCGACUAAGAAGAUGGUAUAGUUGGGACAAAUGUAGUGAAUAGGUCUUUGAAAAAACUGUCGCGCUGAGCCUGCCUUCUUCAGUAGAUAAACACGUGCGAUAGGGCUAGCUGUAGCUCAGACAAAUUUUUAUUCCAUAAAAAUUUGACGAGAUCGACUUUGCGCAUUCCCCUGUUUUCUCGUACAAAACUAAACCGAUCCAAUUAUUUUUGGGAUAAACCUUUAAAUAAAGGUUACGAUUAGGUUCCUCAACUCUUGUAAUUUUUUUUUCAAUGUUUUCGUUUCCUCUCCACGUGGCGCUUGUAAGGUGGUCACUUUUAAAGGGUCAGGUUAUUAUAUAGUACCUAUUUAGCUUUUCAAAAAAAAAAGAAAAGAUAGCGAAAUGUCUACUUAAGUAUUUAGAUUUUACAAAAAAAAAAUAUCGAUCCAGCCGGGCUAGCACAGGGAGAGAGAUAGUUGUCCUGCCUAUGCUAGCCGUACAGGUAGGAAAUAGGGGAAUACAUUUGUACGGAUAAUCCCGCCUAUACUUUCCUCUUAAUGUAUUAAUUUCGAUAUUCUGGUAGGGCUUGUUAUGUCAACUGCGCAUAGAUAAAAUGUCACUAGAUCUAUGGUAGGUAUCCUUGAGGUAUUGAGAUAAUCUCAAAUAUUGAGAUUUUAUAAAAAUAGCAAUUUGUCUGAAAUGCAGUGUGACAUUUUACCUAGCCUAGACAAGUACAGUAACAUGUGAUUAAAGAAAAAAAAUGCUAUAUGCUAACCUUGAAUAUCUUAGUUACAAUAAUGUGCAGCAUUAGCAUUUUGUGAAAUAUCCUGUGUAUCGGAUUUAUUAAUAAAAAAUGAUAAACCUCCAA